UCGCUAGAUGGCAUUCAGGUCGCGCACCGUUGCCGUACGGACGCGCGCACAUCGCUUCGACGCGCAGCCGUUAAAACAUUUUUAUCGAUACCAUUUUUUGUCUCGAUGUGUUUUAUUUAGACGAUCGCUCGGCUAGCCAAAAAAACUUACCUCAGAUUUUUCAAAUAUUUAGGUACUUUAUUUUAUUAUAAGAAAUAUCCAGUGGUAAAAUAAAAUAGAAUUUCUCAGUGACGUAAAACACGGUGCCGGUGAUAACGGGGUGUAAUCCGUGUGAUGUGAACAGUGUUGUGUUUACGCGAUGUGUUUGGGCUAGUGAGAGGUGAUGGGGUUCGCGGGCGGGGGCGCCGGGAGGGCGGCGCACGAGGCCCUGCUGGCGCGCCAGGACGCCGAGCUACGUCUCAUGGAGACCAUGAAGCGAAGUCUUCAAGCCAAGAUGAAGAGCGACCGCGAGUACGCGCUAGCGCUGUCCGCGGCCGCAACGCAGGGUCAGAAGAUGGACAAGUGCGAGGAACUUAAUGGCUCGGUGAUAGCAUCAGCUUGGCGCACGAUGACUGAGGAAUGGGAGAACACCGCUCGCCUGAUCCGUGCGAACGCUGAAGCGUUGGAGUCUCGAGCGCUGGACCGCCUUACCUCGCUCAUGACGGAGCGGAGGAAGGCACGGAAGAUGUACCAAGAAGACCACACCAAGAUCUCUUCGCAGUUUACCCAGUUAUCAGAGGAGGUGGCGAGGAAGCAGAGCGAGUAUCAGAAGUGCCUGGAGUCGUACAAGCAGAUGAGGACCAAGUUCGAGGAGAACUACCUUAAAUGUAAGUGUCCAACAGGCCGCGGCGGGCGCAAGUUGGACGAGACGCGUGAUAAGUAUGGCAAGGCGUGUCGGAGGCUGCACCGGGCGCACAAUGAGUACGUGCUCCUCCUGGCGGAGGCCACGGAGUGCGAGAGGGCGCUGCGGACAGCGGCGCUGCCCGCUUUGUUCGACCAGCAGAGGCGGCAGGGCGAAGCUACGCACACCUCUUGGAAGGGGAUUCUACUAGAAGUGGUGCAGCGAUGUGACUACAGUACGGAUAAGUUUAAGGACAUACAGACCAAAAUGGAGUCGGCAGUGCAGAAUUUGAAACCACAAGAAGAAUACAAAGAGUUUAUAGAGAAGUACAAAUCCCCCCCCUCAACACCAGUGUCAUUUAUCUUCGACGAGAGCCUCGUCGAGGACACGAGCGGCAAGCUGCAACCCAACCAGCUAACGGUUGACAACCUGACGGUCGAGUGGUUGAAGGAGAAGUUGACUGAGCUGGAGGCUUCGUUGGCUGACAACCGGGAGAAGCAGUCGGCGUUGCAGGGGCCUGAGAUUAUUGGCAAUGGCGUCUGCAAAAACAAUAAUACUGGACUCACGAAUGGGGUGAAUGGGAUUGACAGGCAUUCACCGCCGCCGAUCCCAGUAACAACGUCGGAGCCGAUCAAACUGUUGGAGCUGAGGAUAGCGGAGCGCAAGUGCGCCAAACAAGCGGAGAUGAUUCGUGCGGCCCUGGCGGAGCUGGGCUGCGAGGAGGCGCCCAGCGGCUGCCCCGACCUGUCUGCCGAGACUGUUGGGGUGGACAGUCUCGAUGGCAGCUCGCCUGAUCACCAGGACCGCACGUCGAUGAGUUCGAAAGCAUCAGUGGACGUGUUGCGGUUGCACCUCCACUCGAUCAUACCUCCGAAGCCGUUCUUCCGUCUGUUCACGCGGCCUUUCCGACGCAAGUCAGUGCCUUCAAGCCCCGCCCUACCUCCAAAGACCUAUCGCAGCAGUAGCGAAGGCCCUGCCGACUCGGUAAGCGUGAGUGAGACAGAGCGAUCACUGGUCGAACAGGAGUGGUUCCACGGAGUGUUGCCUAGAGAAGAAGUUGUCAGGCUGUUGAGAGCUGACGGCGACUACUUGGUGCGGGAGACAACGAGGAACCACGCGAGACAACUGGUGCUCUCAGUAUGCUGGGGACAGCACAAACAUUUCAUUGUACAAACUACACCAGAGGGCCACUACCGCUUCGAGGGCGCGGCGUUCCCCUCAGUGGCGGAGCUGAUCGCGUGGCAGCGCACCAGCGGGGUGCCGGUGACGGCGCGGUCGGGCGCGCUGCUGCGCCGCGCCGUGCCGCGGGAGACCUGGGAGCUCAACAACGACGACGUGCAGCUGCUCGACAAGAUUGGGCGGGGUAACUUCGGGGACGUAUACAAAGCACGUCUGAAGACGACAGGACAAGAGGUAGCGGUGAAGACAUGCCGGGUGGCCCUCCCAGAGGAACAGAAGAGAACCUUCCUCCAGGAGGGACGCAUACUCAAACAGUACCAGCAUCCAAACAUCGUGCGGCUGAUCGGGAUAGCCGUGCAGAAACAACCGAUUAUGAUCGUUAUGGAGCUGGUGUCAGGUGGUUCCCUCCUAACUUUCCUCCGCACGCGCUCCUCAACCCUCAACUCCCGCUCACUGCUGGCUAUGUGUCGCGACGCUGCCGGCGGCAUGAGGUACCUCGAGUCCAAGAACUGCAUCCACCGGGACCUGGCGGCGCGGAACUGCCUCAUCGGUGAUGACAACAUCGUCAAGAUAUCUGACUUCGGCAUGUCCAGGGAAGAGGAGGAGUAUAUAGUCUCAGGGGGAAUGAAGCAGAUCCCGAUCAAGUGGACUGCGCCUGAAGCACUUAAUUUCGGUAAAUACACAUCUCUCUGCGACGUGUGGAGCUAUGGGGUGCUCAUGUGGGAGAUAUUCUCUAAAGGGGAUACUCCAUACGCGGGGAUGAGCAACUCACGAGCGAGGGAGAAAAUUGACACAGGUUACAGAAUGCCUGCGCCGGAGGGCUGUUCAGAGGAGGUGUACGCCCUGAUGCUGCGAUGCUGGGAGUACGAGCCGGAAAAGCGGCCUCACUUCCACCAGAUAUACACUAUCAUAGAUAACAUCUACAACCGGUAGUCGACGAGCUAGUCCGCAGCUACGCCGGGAGAUGGCGCUACUGUGAUGUGAGGUCUUAUGGAAAAUACAAUGGAGUUUUUAUUCUAUUGAAAAGAGAAGUUUGAAAUAAUGUAACUGAAAUUAACUGGUGUUAAACUAGAUAACAAGCAGAAAAAAAAUACUUCAUAGCAACAUUAAGAGUACCUCAGAAACUGACAAAAUAUUACGUUUUUAGGGUGUUACUGUACGAGUUUGGAAGGUAUAGGGCAACUUAUUGUUAUAACCGCAUCAACAUUGUAGUUAACAAGCAAAUCAUGGCUUUUGAAAUCUUUAUAUCUGUGGUAAUUAAAAUGGUAAGUUUAUAAGAUACAUGCAUGAAGUUAUCAAUUAAUAUAGAGAUAGUAAGUGCUAUACGUAGGCGUGUAUAACUUGUUUCUUAGUAUUGUUGGAUUGCCUCACGUUUGCAGCGUUGAUCUCUUUCGAAUGGUACUUUUUAGCAAGUAUUCCGUAAAAUCAUAGUUGAUAAGUUUUUGAUACAUUAUUAUAAUCAAUGUUAUUAUUUUGACUGAGGUUUGUAUUUCUAUAAGAGUACAAUUUUUACACUAUAGUCCACAGUUUACGUAUUGUAAUUAUCCAUAAGUAUUAAUCUUGUAAAUGUAUUAAGACUAUAAACGUAAGGAUUUAUGUUAUUAAAAUGAUAACUGUGUUAUGUGGUAUUGUAGGCUAUUUUAUGUGAAAAUGACAUUUCUUUUUUAAUCGUUAAUACCUUACUUUGAGCUUUCACGUGUGUUCCAAAUAUUCUAUUUUAAAAGUUUGUGACAUUUAUAUCCUAUGUGAAGAAAAAUGAGAUGUUAAACAUUUUAUUUAUAGAAAAGGCUUAUUUUAAAAAUAAAUUAACUGUUUGGAAGGAUCGGAACUUUGAGAUUUAGUAUAUUUUAUAUGCGAUAUGGUGUGGGCAAACUUUCAAACAUACUUUGUGGCAAUAAUAAUAAUUUGUGAUUUAAAACAAACAUCCCCUGUGCUUCCAAUGCGUAUUACCUAAAUAAAGUGCCUUUAUCAAUAUUUUCUUGCCUAGAGUAUGAGCAUGAAAUUAUGUAUUAGUAUGUUAUGGAAAUGUAACACAAAGUGAGAUAUUAUUAGUUGUUGAGUGUUUAGUAUUCUAAUUAAUGGUAGGUGUAACGAAUUGACUGUAAAUAUAAUUUUUUCUUACAUAUUAAUUAAAGUGCCAGACAAUUUUGGAUUUAA